AUGAAGUGGUCUAUCCUCCUUAAAACGCUGCCUCUAAUCGCAACUUCAACAGCUGCUGUCCCAGGGCGCAAUGCUCAUCCUAACUCUGUUAACACGACCACAUGCGGGGGCAUAAGCUACGCCUACACCGAUCUCGAGGGGUACGGAUUCAUAAAGUCCAACGCUCGAGACAAGUACGGUGACACCUUAGCUGGCCUUGGUAGCUCUGCCGCACUUGAGAAAGACUCGUGGCGCAAGAACAAUAGCACCUCGUACUCGGGCAUCUUCUAUCUUCUUCCAGACCGUGGCUGGAAUACAAACGGAACCCUCAACUUCAACCCGCGAAUCCAUAAGUUCGAGCUCUUCCUCACACUUUCACCUCACGCCUCUGCCCAAAAUCCCUCCACGCCAAAUUUGGCCUUCAAAUACCUUGACACCAUUCUCCUCACCGACCCCACGGGCAAGCCAUUGACGGGCCUCGACCCAGAUUUCACCGGCAACAUCUCAUACCGGGGCUUCCCACCACUACCUGCAGCAACCUAUGUCGGCGAUGGCUUUGGCAGCGCAGGACCCGGCGGGAAACGCGUCUCUCUCGACUCCGAGGGCCUGGUCAUCGACAACGAAGGCUACUUUUGGAUCUCAGACGAGUACGGACCCUAUGUCUACCGCUUCAACAGGGAGGGAAAGAUGGUUCUGGCCCUGCAGCCUCCACAGGCCUAUCUCCCCCGCCGCAAUGGCACGCUCUCCUUCAGUGCGGCUUCCGCGCCUCUUUAUUCCCCAGACCAGUUACCUGACCCCGAAGACCCGGAGACAGGCCGCAACAACAAUCAGGGCUUCGAGGCCCUCACGCUUUCACCGGAUGGCAAGACUCUCACCGUCAUGAUCCAGUCCGCUCUCAACCAGGAGGGUGGUCCGAAGAAGAAGAACCGCCAGCCAGCCCGCGUGCUGCAGUACGACAUCUCCAACCCUAACAGACCCCAAUACAAGCACGAGUACGCUGUCAGUCUCCCCAAAUACGUGGACUACACAGACGAAGACCUCGAUGAGAAGGUCGCCUCUCAGUCUGAAAUCCUCCACCUCCCAGGAAGUGCAAACAACUUCCUGAUCCUUUCCCGCGACUCUGGCUUCGGCGCCGGCUCAUCAGAUACCCUCUCCGUAUACCGUCAAGUCGACAUCUUCUCCAUCUCAAACGCAACUACCAACCUUAAGGGCGAUGAAUACGACUCCCCGGCUGGCUCCAUCGCUAGCUCGAAGGGAAAGCUGGACAGUGACAUCACACCGGCCGAGUACUGCCCUUUCCUGGACUUCAAUGUCGACUCCGAGCUAGCCAAGUUCGGUUUGCAUAACGGCGGCGAGCAGGAUUCCGGGUUGCUUAACGAGAAGUGGGAGUCCCUCGUUCUUGUUCCUGUUGAGCCGGAAGAGAGGAGUAAGGAAGGCAGGGCGGAGUACUUCCUCUUCACGUUUAGUGAUAAUGACUUUAUUACUCAAGAUGGUGAGCACCCCUCUACCCCUCAGCAAGGUUUCCUAGGGCUUCUUGAUGUACUAACGCCCAAACCUGUAGGAGCCAUGAACUUUGGCCGCCUGCCCUACGCCGAUGAAUCUGGCUUUAAUCUCAACAGCCAGGCUCUGGUGUUCAGGGUGGCAUUCUAA